UAUUUUGAAAGAAUGAGACAGAACUCUCAUAUGCAAACAAGGAGCCGGGCUCCAGCUCGGGCUCGACUAACUUAUGUCCCGCCCACGCCAAGGCCUGAGUUAGCGAUAGCGUCACCCCAAACAACAUCAGCAACGCCGACAGCUGCUCCAAGAACAGUGUUCCAGGACGAAAACAUUCCAAUAGGAGGUGAACAAGUCGCAAGAACAGGCAAUAUACAUGAGCGUCCCCAGUUCAACUUUGAAGAGGCACCAGCACCCCAGGUCAGCCGAGAACCCACAUCUUUGUAUGCAUGCAUCUCAAACGGCACGCUGGACAUGGAUAAGGCGGCUCGUUUAGUACUCAAACAAAAACGUGAUGGAUCGUUUAAUCAAUCAAUCUACGACGAAUUCGUUCGCUCCGAGGUGGCUUCACGUGUCCAGUAUUUUCGCAAUACUGGCACGCUCGAUCUCGGAGACACUGUCCUAGAAAUGCGCCUAACAGGGAUCAUAAACUACAUGAUGGCCGAAAUACAAUGCGCGAAGUUCGACCGCUAUACACGCACCGCUGAAAUGGCCGAGCGAAAAGAAACGGGCGGAGGGGUCAGUGGAAGGCCAGUUCUGAUGCUAACCAACUGCACACGGGCAUGGAAGAUCGACGGACCAGCACCUUUCAUCACGGCGGACCUAGGCGGAUUAGUUUCCAAUUAUCAUCCAAAGGACAAGGAAUCAUCCUUUCAAAUGUUUGCCGGAUUAUACCGUUUCCUACUGGUGAAGAUCACAAAUCCUCCCCAAAAAAUCCAAGAAUACUCGUUGCGAUUGAACGGCAAAUGCGGUAGAGUCGACAGCUUGCUCAGUCUCCCCGAAUGCAUUGCAAAUCUGCUCAUAGGUAAGAUCCGUGAAACGCAAUUUACUGAAUUGAACAUAGGAGCAAUUCGUACAUUUCAGACUUUGGAGAGGAUAUCAUAG